GCAUAUUUUCAUACGUAAGCUGCUAAAGCUCCCAUUCAGCGUGUCACCAGCAGCUGCGGCACGCCAGCUUCACGUACCCAAUGUCGAACCCAGUGGCAACGCCUCGUUCAAAGGGUGCUACAGACCCCACGACGCCGGUCGGAAACCGACUUGCGGUCUCGGCGGUGAACGUCCUCCAAUCGUCGCCACAUUACACGACGACACGCCGCCAUUCACUCUACGGUACCGAAGAUCGUAUUAUUCUCGAUCCAGGCUCGCGUGUAUGGAAGGUUGGAUUCAGUGGUGAAGGAAGACCUCGAGAUGUAUUCUUUGCAGAGUCUGGUGAACGCACGGCUUUGUGGGGUUUAGCGCGAGAUCAUGGUGGUGCAGAGCAGGAGGAGGAAGGUAGAAUGCUUAAAAUCAAGCUGCAGGACAGACUGAGGAAAAUAUUUCAUGAGAUCCUAUUGACAGACCCUAAAUCCCGAAAAGUUAUUAUUGUCGAGCAUCCGUUACUCCCCUUGUAUAUCAAAGACAUGAUGGCCAGUGUGUUAUUUGACAACUUACAGGUUCCCUUCAUCUCAUUCGCCUCAAGCCACAUGUUAGCGUUACUAGCCGUUGGAAGAAUGACUGGUCUAGUUCUUGACUGCGGGUACCUUGAAACCACAGUCCUUCCGAUAUUCGCAUCCCGCCCCUUGUAUCCCCAACUCAAAACAACGCCUCUAGCAGGCGGCCGAUUCACAUCUCACCUACGCGCCUUAUUACUCAUGUUCGCAACGUACAUCCCACCAUUGACCACCCUCGGCGGAGCAGCCAACAUUCCGGUUGCAAGCCGUUCACUGCGCGUACCUGAGGAAGUGUUGACGGAUGCCGUUAUGGAGGACAUAAAAGCGCGAUGUUGCUUUGUGGGUGAAAUGCUCGACUCGGACGCACAUGCUCCGGUCUCGUCGUUUGCAGAUGACAGUGGGUCAACGGAGCCGGAGAUUCCACCUAGUGAUUCAAGCCAAUUGGAGUUGGAGUCUGGGAUAAACACACCUGCUUCUCCACCGUCAAGUCGGCUGUCUUCUGUUACCUCGCCUUCGGGCGUCACAGCACUCACGCACGCUUUGAGUCGAGCUGGGACAGGGUCUAGUUUUGGUGUCGCUGCUGCGGUGAACUUUGACCGUGCAUCAGGUGAACGGCAUCUCCAAGCAAUAUCAACAAUGUACAGUCGCUAUUCCACAGCGACUGACCUACUCGUCCGUGUCGACCCUCCUCCUGCACAAAAUACAGGUACUGGUCAAGGUACACUCCGUAUUCCAGGCUGGGUGCGUGAACGCGCAGCCGAGGUCCUUUUCGAAGGUGGCGACGUCGAUGAAGGGAGCGUCGCAGAAGUCCUCCUCGACGCCUUACUCCGCGUUCCCGUGGACUUACGUCGCACACUCGCCGGGUCAAUCCUCGUAGUCGGCGGAACAGCCAUGCUACCCGGGUUCAUCCCGCGCCUGCAAAAUGAACUUGUCCGUUUACUCACUCGACGACCACCCGAGCGGAGUCCGACACGGGCUGGUCGACCCGCUCCGCCUCCAUAUGACCCUUAUGCUCCGCUCCGCCCUCUUGCGCCGUAUAUUGCCGUUUUGAAUAACCCUUCCCCGCCGAGGCCGAAUUCGGAUGAUACGACAACGACGACAACGAAUGCAGCUGGGAAGGCGCCUGCUUUCACGCCAGCGAUGCUUCCAUGGAUUGGAGGUUCCUUAGCGGGCGCACUGAAAAUCGGUGGCGCUGAGAUCUCACGCGAAAAAUGGGACGAAGCAGAAGCAAUGGACGAAGAACUCGACGACGAUGACGGACUCGAGUUGGCACAAGGACUUUCAAGUUCAAUACCUGCGAAACGACCGGGCUUCCAUUUACCUGAUUGGACGAGAGCGCCGUUAUCACCUGGUGCGCCGACAGCACUCCGUCCGCCUCCACGUAUAGAAAUCACAGACAUGCAAAUGGAGGAUGGUUCGUGAUGAUGGAGUACAGUAAUCUUCAUUAGUCUUAUAGUAUGCUUAAAGUGUUACCUUCAUUGUAACAUUUUGCUCUGAGUCUACUAUCUCAGUGUCCUUGUGAACAAGUCUCACGAUUUCAAGUUGGACUGGAUAUAUAGAAGCAUGUUACUCGACAG